UUUGCUACUUUCCUCUUUAAUUAUUUGAUAAAACUUUCUUUCAAAAUCAUCUCUUUCUCUUCCUCCUUCUCUCUAUCAAAGAUUGGUUUCUUUUCUCGCGAUUUUUACACGUACAUUUGAUUUCUGUUCUCCAAAUUCUUGAAAUUCAACCAAUUUUUGCGUCUGGGUUUUUUUAAAUCAGCUCAGGUAACCCAAAUUCGUAAGCUUUUUUUGUUGAUUUCUCACCCAAUUUCUAGGGUUGUUUAGUCAACCCGGCCUUCGUCGAGAACGCGUAAUUGAGCCAACCGGGUGCCUACGAACCGUAUAAAACCCGACUUUUCAAGCUUCUCUUGAAGUCUUGGUUAGAACGCAAUAUGGAUCCUCAAAAGGAGGCUCUACUGUGUCAACUCACCGAGUUAAUCGCGGCCAUUUCAUCGUUGCCCGAGUGCCAGACGGUCUCCAAAAAGAUGUACAGUAAUUUGGUGCGCAGGGUGAAGCUUUUGAGUCCUCUGUUUGAGGAUUUGAAGGAUAGUGAUGACGGAGAUAAGCUCGGAGACGACGUCGUUAACGGGCUUGAGUUGUUGAGGCUCGCUCUUGGCUCAGCUCUAGAGCUUCUUAAAUCAGUCCACGAGGGCAGUAAGAUUUUUCAGGCUAUGCAAAUAGAUAAAAUUUCAGGCAAGUUUCAUCAUAUUACAGAAGAGAUAGAAGAUGCACUAGGUCACAUUCCUUAUGAUAAACUUGAUAUAUCAGAGGAAGUUCGAGAGCAAAUUGAACUUGUGCAUGCUCAAUUCAAAAGAGCGGUCGGGAGGAUGGACUCACCUGAUUUACAACUCGCAAUUGAUUUAGCCAUGGCACAAAGAGAAAAAGAUCCUGACCCUAUAAUCUUUAAACGGCUAUCGGAAAAGUUGCAUCUCAGGACCAUAAACGACCUUAAGAAGGAAUCGAUUUCCAUCCAUGAUAUGGUCAUCUCGUCUGAUGGAAUUCCCGAGGAGUGCUUUGAGUCUGUGUCGUUUAUUCUGAGAAAAAUAAAGGACUGUGUUAUGACGGGAAAUCCUGAAAGUGAUGCCCCUGAGAACGAAAAAGCUUUGAUUAAGCACAGAUCUCCAGUCAUACCGGAUGAUUUCAGGUGUCCGAUAUCACUUGAGUUGAUGAAAGAUCCCGUUAUUGUAUCUACUGGCCAGACAUACGAAAGGUCUUGCAUACAGAAAUGGUUGGAUGCCGGGCACAAAACGUGCCCUAAGACACAACAGACCUUGUUGCACACAGCAUUAACGCCCAACUAUGUCUUGAAGAGUCUAAUUGCGUUGUGGUGCGAAAGCAAUGGCGUUGAGCUUCCUAAAAAUCAAGGUAGUUGUCGGAACAAAAGGUCAGGGGCGGGUGGCUCAGACUGUGACCGGGCUGCCAUUGAUGCAUUGUUACAGAAACUCGCAAAUGGUAAUCCCGAGCAGCAAAGGGCAGCUGCUGGUGAGCUCCGUUUGCUCGCAAAAAGAAACGCGGAUAACAGGGUCUGUAUUGCAGAAGCCGGGGCUAUUCCUUUGCUAGUCGAACUACUUUCCUCGUCAGAUUCAAGAACACAGGAGCACGCUGUUACUGCGCUUCUUAACCUGUCCAUAAAUGAGGCUAACAAGGGCACUAUCGUAAAUGCGGGUGCCAUACCUGAUAUCGUCGAUGUACUGAGAAAUGGCAGCCCGGAAGCCCGAGAAAACGCAGCUGCAACUCUCUUCAGUUUAUCAGUUGUUGAUGAAAAUAAGGUGGCAAUCGGGGCAGCCGGGGCCAUCCCGGCUCUUAUCGAUUUGCUGUGUCACGGGACUCCGAGGGGGAAGAAGGAUGCAGCAACUGCCAUAUUCAACCUUUCGAUUUAUCAAGGGAACAAAGUGAGAGCGGUAAGGGCCGGGAUUGUGCCACCGCUGAUGAGAUUACUCAAAGAUCCCGGGGGUGGAAUGAUGGACGAGUCACUCGCUAUUUUGGCAAUACUUGCUAGCCAUCAAGAGGGGAAAGCCGCAAUUAGUCAAGCGGACCCACUCCCAGCUCUAGUCGAGGUAAUCAGGACAGGCUCCCCUCGCAACCGGGAGAACGCUGCAGCUGUUUUGUGGUCUCUCUGUGCAGGUGACGUACAGAAUCUAAAAGCAGCCCGGGAUCUUGGAGCAGAAGAAGUUUUAAAAGAACUGUCGGAAAAUGGCACAGACAGGGCGAAACGAAAAGCGGGAAGCGUGUUGGAGCUCCUCCAACGAGUCGAUGCAGUUAAUUCAUAACAAAGAGUCGAUGAAUUGGUACGAUGAAAUUCUCUUAAUCUGCUUCCAAGAGGGUAUGUAUAAUUUAAAGUAUAUUUAAGAUUUUUGCCACAAAAGUUGAAUGUUAGAAAAUCAAGUGUGUUUCUGUACAAAAGGAUGAAAUUCAUAUUGUAAGCUUUCUUCUUUCUUCUUCCUGGUCGAGUAGGAAAAAGGAUGACCAGAGCCUGUGUAGUGUGCCACAUUACAAAGUACCAAACUAGCAAUACAUUGUUUGAUUAUGGAUCAAGCUGUAAAUUCACAAGGAUUAUUCAAAGUUUAAAUCAAAGUUUUUGUCUGUUUUUCCAUUG